GGCCCCCCGAGAGUGACAGCUGCGGGUGGGGGCAGCGGGAAGGUCUCGGAGCUGGGGGGUGCCGGGGAGCCCGCGCGAGUUCCCUUUUCCUUUGGAACAAAGGAAAGUCUGUCUCUGAGGCAUCUGUCACUCCCGGGCGGGCCAAGGGAGCGGGGCGCGUGGGGCCGGCGACCCGAAGAAAGUUUGUGCGCGCCGGGUCCUUCGGGCCGGCCGAGUCGGAGCCGAGCCUCCCUCGAGGAGGGGAAGCGCGCCGUCCCCGGGGCAGGGGGCGGCCAACAUGGAGUCUGGGCGCAGAGCUGGUGGGGGGGGGGCGGUGCGGAGGUGGGAGCCCAGCCCCCUCCCCUCCCCCUCCGGGCCGAGUUCGGAGCACAAAGCCGAGCGCGCAGGCUCGGCCGGCCCCGCGCCCCGAAGAGUCAGCCAGCGCCGAGCGGCGGGGGAAGGGGGGUGGGAACCAAACUUUUUCCUGCCCCGGGACAGACACACUUGCCUGGGGUCGCGCCUUGCCCCUAGACACCAUGUCAGACAGUGACCUGGGCGAGGAGGAAGGCCUCCUCUCCCUGGCAGGCAAGAGGAAGCGCAGAGGGAACCUGCCCAAGGAGUCAGUGAAGAUCCUCCGGGACUGGCUGUACCUGCACCGCUACAACGCCUACCCCUCAGAGCAGGAGAAGCUGAGCCUUUCUGGACAGACCAACCUGUCGGUGCUGCAGCCGGCUCCGAAUCUCCCACAUCUUCCAGCUGUUUUCCCUCUUCUACAAAGCCUCAUGAUCUGUAACUGGUUCAUCAAUGCCCGACGGCGGCUCCUCCCAGACAUGCUUCGGAAGGAUGGCAAAGACCCCAACCAGUACACCAUUUCCCGCCGCGGGGGCAAGGCCUCCGAUGUGGCCCUCCCCCGAGGCGGAAGCCCCUCCGUGCUGGCUGUGUCCGUACCGGCCCCCACCAACGUGCUAUCCUUGUCCAUGUGUUCCAUGCCGCUCCACUCGGGCCAGGGAGAUAAGCCAGGAGCCGCCUUCCCACAAGGGGAGCUGGAGCCCCCCAAGCCCCUGGUGACCCCUGGUAGCACACUCACCCUGCUGACCAGGGCUGAAGCUGGAAGCCCCACGGGCGGACUCUUCAACACACCCCCGCCCACACCCCCGGAGCAGGACAAGGAGGACUUCAGUGGCUUCCAGCUGCUGGUGGAGGUGGCGCUCCAGAGGGCUGCGGAGAUGGAGCUCCAGAAGCAGCAGAACCCAUCACCCGCCUUGCUGCGCACUCCCAUUGCCUUAGUCCCUGAAAACCCCAAGUAGGCAUCCGCCAGCAGGGGUGCUCAAGGUUCGAGCCCGCUGUCCUGGGUUUCCAUUCUGGUUCCCCUUCCCACAGAGGGUUUUCUUUGGAUCACUGCCAAACAUCAGGAUCAUCUCCUCUGUCCGGAGGUCUUCAGCAGGAAGACACCAGCCGGUGUCACUGCGCUGUGAUGGGACCUCUCUGCUGACUCUGCCGUUUCUCUAGGCCUCCUCGGUGACGAGACCAAGACGUGGGAGACAGGCAUGGUGCUGCUGCUGCUGCUGCUGCUUCAGAGAAUCCCCAGGACGCCUUUGUUCCAGCCUGCUUUCCUGGGCUAGGCAUGGGAAACCGGCUUCGUUCAGACCUGUGCUGGGUCCAAGUUGCCCCUGACAGGGCCUCUUUUUGUUAAGCCAAGUGUGGACAUUCCAGGUUCAUAAGUGUGAACAAAAGAAAAGAGGUACUGAUCAGAUGUAACAGAACCGAGUCCAGUUGGAUGUUUAGGUUUUCGCCAAACUUUGUGUUUAUUUUUCCCUCUUUGCUGUGGUUUGCAUGAGCAGGCGUAGUUAAACCCGGUGUGGGGAAUGAGAGUGAAUUGCCUGAUGGAGCCUGAUGAGCUGGGGCUAGUUCACCACUGCAGCUGGGGAUUGUUUUACAAGGAAGGAGUAUUUUCAUUUGCGGGACCAUCUAAAUCUCUGCAGAUUUCCAAAUGGUUGUUUUGUUGUUGGUUUGGUCCCGGUCCCCCACCUCCAAAAAAAAUAGCAAAAACACUUUCAUGGGCUUUGGCUUUUCUGCAUCAUGCACAGAAGGGGAUCAAGCCACACCAGAGAGGGUCCAACAGAGAAUCCGACCAAACCUUCUAUGUGCAGAGCAGAGGAGGAGGAUAAAAAGAGGUGUUUUUGGGUUUUUUUUUGUUUGUUUGUUUGUUUUUGUUUGUACUGUAUGGUGGGGGUGGGGGUGGGGGAGGUAAGCUAGACUGAGGCAGUGGGGUGGUUUGUUUGUUUUUUUAUUUCCCUCUUUAAUUUUUUCUUUUUCUUUAUCCUUGAAAGCUUCACCCCGUGGCCUGAGUUUUGAAUUCCUUCUAGGAACUUGGCUUAGUGGGGCCAGAAUGUCAAAGUUCCCUGUAGCUCCUGCUUGGAGAGAAGUGAGCCAUCUACUGGUCAGGAAGCCCUUAAGUGGGCAGCUUUUCCCAUGAUGGUGGCAGGAGACUAUUCCCGGAAGAAACGUGGGAUGGUGCCCCGCUGCUGCCUGUGGACCUGCCUUGGGAGAGGCUGGGGCUAGAAGCCGGUUAUGAAGCCUGGUCUCUGUGAGUGUCUCUUUGUUGCACCUUUCUGUAAAUCGGAGCUGCAGAAGCCCCUGCCCUGAACUUCACAGUGAGAAAGAUCAGUUAAGUCUUAUUCUUUCUUCCCCUUACCCUUUUUUUUUUUGCUGUUUUAUUGCUGAUAGCAUUCAACAGCAAUAUACCCCCAUCUUCUAGUAUAUCCUAAGAAACACUAAUCCUAGGUUAUAGCUGAAAUAUUUUUGUUAUGAGUAACUUUGUUAGUGGGCCAAAAGACAGGUCAGGAUACUCAGCCUGUAGUUUCCUGAAGUUGCCAGGUUGGGCACAGGAGCACAGUUGCUGGGUGUUGGCUGACUGGGGCGAGCCUGGCCAGGAGAAAGGCAGCAACAUGUGUUCUAUCCUUCUGGGAUGAUUUCCUGAAGACAACAGGGAGGCUCCCCAAUUUCUGAGUGGCUUGGCCCACCCAUUGCUGUAGGAAUGGGGAUUGGUUAAGAGAGGGAGCUCUUUCUCUGUUAGCAGGCGAGUCUUCUAGGCUCUCUCUUCCACUUCCUCUCCUCUCUGGGCCCUCUCCUUGCAUGUCCCAGGGGGAUCAGGGACCCUCACCCUCCUGAGGCCCCGCUGGGGAAGAAUGAACAUGGCAGCUUCAGGGUUAGUGGAGGCUGCUGCUUGCCCGGCCUCUACCACCCCACCCCGUGUCUGAGCCCAGGUCUGGCGUGACUGUUGCAAAACUUGUAGCAGGGGACUCUGGAAGUGUAUUGGGCUGGGGGUGGGGGGACUUGCCCUUCCCACAGUGCACUGAGCAAUAGAGGGCGGUAAGGGGUGAGGGAGCCGUGCUGCUGAAUUCUGGUUGGCAUUCCCCCCUUGUACACGAUGGGGAGGCUGGGGGUGGGGCAGGCUCUGCUUGGUCUGGUUGUGAGAGAAGCCUGGAGGAGAAGCACAGUUAUCCCGUUGAAUUAUUUGAGCGAAAAACUACUGUAAAUAACUUGUUUUUGUCUUUUGUCAAAUAAAGUUGUCUUUUUGUUUUUGU